GUCGAUUUUUGAGGCUAUUUCACUCCAUCAAAACUUCGCUUCGCUUCUAGGCUACCAAACACUUCGCGAUGGAGCAUCCACCUGAGAUCCAAGCAGUUAUUGCUAAGUAUCCCACUUUGAAGAAGGCAUUUGACACUGGGGUUGAGUCCGACGACGGUCGCGAAGGCGCACUCUUAGAAUUUAUCCUCGCGCAUCCAAGUCGCAUUCAAUUCAAAACGGCUCCUCAAACUCUCCUUGACGCAGUUGACGAGUUUUCUUUCAAAAAGGACUUCCUCAUCAGUGUCGGACCACAUAAAGCCGGCGUCCUUUCUGAUCUGCUCGAGAAACACAAGCCAACAUCCAUUAUUGAAUUGGGCAGUUAUCUAGGCUACUCUGCCAUUUUGUUCGCUCAUACCAUGAAGACGAACACCCAAAACGCAGGUGGAGAAGUGAAGGAUCUCAAGAUUUGGAGUUUGGAAAUGAACGUCGAAUUUGCCGGCAUUGCUAGACAGUUGAUCGACCUCGCUGGUUUCGAUGAUAUUAUUGAGGUGGUCAUCGGUCCUGCGGAAGAUUCCCUGCGCCAACUCGUGAAAGACGGCACGAUCACAAAUGUGGACAUGGUUUUCUUGGAUCACGUGGAAGAACUGUAUGUCCAAGAUUUCAAAGUCUGUCAAGAGCUGGGUCUACUGAAAAAGGGGACGAUGGUUGUUGCGGACAAUGUCCUUAGGCCGGGGGCUCCAGACUACAGAGCAUUGGUUAGGGGCCUCAAGGGAGUGAAGAGUGAGGGCAUAAUAGGUUUGAUCAUUCCCGGUGGUGCUGAGGACGAAUUGGAAGUUAGUAACGUGCUUGAAGAUUUGAAGUCUGGGAAGGAUGACACUUCUACAACCUAAUGCUCUCAAUGUGUAGAUGUCGCAAGGUUGACUUUUCUAGUGGCAACAUUUUCGCCG